GAUGCGGCAGUGACACAUGGCACCGCCUGCCCGCUCUGACUGCAGCUUCCCAGCUCUGUCCAUCCGCCGGGAGACGGGAGCGGCCGGACCAGGGGAUGCUGAGAGAGGCUGCUGGGAGGUUGGAGGCUGCCGCAACCCCCACCCCCACCACGAUCAGCCCCAGACCGAGCCGCUGCGGAGAGACUGAGAGGACCGGACUGACCGCGGAUCGAAUAGUCUAUCGCCUCCUGUGCGCCUGAGGCUUUCCGUCCCUCCCGAGCCGCCGUAGCGAUGGGCGAUAACGUGUCCAAGCGUCUGAAGCUGAUCUCGGCUCCAGACGCAGAGAUGGAGGAGCGCUCUUUCCCGAACCCGUACCUGGACUGGGAGCAGGGUCUGCCCAGCUCCAGCUCCGGAGCGGAAUCCCAGUACAACGAGCCGUUCGAUGCCGACGGACAGGUGAGCGCAGCUUUCCAGAAGAAGGUACACAAUAAGAUCAAAGAUCUCCUUCAGCAGAUGGAGGAGGGCCUGAAGACUGCCGACCCCCAUGACUUCUCCACCUACACCGGCUGGACAGGCAUUGCCCUGCUGUACCUCCAGCUGUACCGGACGUCCCGUGAGGCCACCCACCUGCAGAGGGCGCUGGACUACGUGAAGAGGACCAUGAGGAUCCUGAAUGGCCGUAAAGUGACUUUCCUGUGUGGCGACGCUGGGCCACUGGCAGUGGGCGCGGUGGUUUACCACAAACUGAAUAACACUGCUGAUAGUCAGGACUGUCUGUCCAGGCUCCUCCAGCUCCAGGGCUCCGUGCUGGCUCCAGACUCCGAGAUGCCAGAUGAGCUGCUGUAUGGCCGGGCCGGCUACCUUUACGCUCUGCUCUACGUUAACAAAGAGAUAGGGGCCGACGCGGUGGAUGAGAGCACCAUUGCAAAGGUGGUGAUGGCCAUCGUGGAAUCGGGGAAGAACAUGUCAGCCGAGCAGAAGAAGACGGAUCGCUGCCCUCUGCUCUACGAAUGGCACAAGAAGCAGUACAUUGGAGCUGCCCACGGCCUAGCUGGAAUCUAUCACAUGCUGAUGCAGCCCGGAGCAAAGGUCCAUCCAGACAUUCUGGCCCAAUUGAUCCGUCCCAGCAUCGACUACGUCCGCCACAAGAGGUUUCGUUCGGGGAACUUCCCAUCGUCGCUGAGUAACGAGAGUGACCGGCUGGUUCACUGGUGCCACGGAGCUCCUGGUGUCAUCCAUAUGCUCAUCAUGGCUUAUAAGGUGUUUAAAGAGGAGAAGUACUUGAAGGAGGCUGCAGAAUGUGCGGAGGUGAUCUGGCAGCGGGGUCUGCUCAGAAAAGGCUACGGUAUCUGCCACGGCACCGCCGGCAACGGAUACGCCUUCCUGUCCCUUUACAAGCUGACCCAGGAGAAGAAAUAUCUGUACCGCGCCUGCAAGUUUGCUGAGUGGUGUUUGGACUACGGGACCCACGGCUGUCGCAUCCCAGACAGACCCUACUCUCUUUUUGAAGGUAUGGCAGGGGCCGUCUACUACCUAUCAGAGAUGGAAAAGCCUGAAGCCUCCUGCUUCCCUGCCUUUGAACUUUGACCUGCCCACUGAUGGGAUAGAAGAUGAAGAUGAAGGGGACGGGGACGGGGGACAAAAUGUUUGAGUCUUUGCUCGAAAGCUGGCCAAGGAUGUACAGUAUUUGUAAUGCAGCUUUCAACCUUGGUCUUGAGUAAUUAGUGAGCGGUUACACUGAAAAUGAAGAACUGAGCAGAGUGAGUGUUUGUUAGAGUAAACCUAUGGUUUGGUUUGUGAAACUAAAAUUGUAUA